UAUCCGGAGUGAAGACAACUUUGAACGUUUCGCGAUUUCCAUUCACUGAACUUAUAAAUCAUCCUAAAGGCAGCUAACUCGGGAGAUCACGUGACCGGCGGAGCAGGCUUUCAGUUGGUGACGUUGAGUCAGACGCCACAACAACCAGAGAGAGAGAGAGAGUGAGCGUAGUGUGUGUGUCUGGUGGAUGCGUGCUAACAGUGAAGCUGUUGUGCGCUCAACAACACAGUCUCUCAGAGGUAUGCUGGUUAACUGCCUUGUUCGACACCGAUUAUACUAAACUGAUACCCCUGAUCAUGUACGCUGUAUAAUAGUAUAUAAGAAGAGACAUGACGGAAACGCGACAAGUGUGGAAUAGAAGCAAGGUUUCUGUUAUACUCGGCUUAAUACUGUUCACUCUACACAUUAUCAGCUGUACAACUCUUGGCUCUCGAAUGUAUAUAUGGGACUAUGUAGCUCAUAGAAAGGGCUUUAACUGGAAUGGAAGAAUUAAAAGGUUUGGCCAAAAUUCUCGCAUCAGCGAUUAUUGGAGUUUUUUAGGACGUGUAACUCCAUCUUUUGAUAAUAGUUCUUCAAGGAACGUCACUACACAGAUAGGACAAACUGUUUAUCUUCAUUGUAUUGUACACAACCUCGGAGAUAAAACGAUAAGCUCUCGAAUGUAUAUAUGGGACUAUGUAGCUCAUAGAAAGGGCUUUAACUGGAAUGGAAGAAUUAAAAGGUUUGGCCAAAAUUCUCGCAUCAGCGAUUAUUGGAGUUUUUUAGGACGUGUAACUCCAUCUUUUGAUAAUAGUUCUUCAAGGAACGUCACUACACAGAUAGGACAAACUGUUUAUCUUCAUUGUAUUGUACACAACCUCGGAGAUAAAACGGUAAGAAAUAUUUAA